AUGACCGAUUCGAACACCCCGUCGCUCGAGAUCACUCUCUUCCGAGGCUGGUCAGACAAAGGCUGCUACGUCUGGUCGCCAUUCGUAACGAAACUUGAGUUGCGCCUUCGUCUCUCCAAUGUCUCAUACCAGACUGCCGCUGGCUCAAUGAGGGCGGCACCCACGGGGAAGAUCCCGUAUGUUGAAGUCAGGGAGAAAGACCAACCGUCGUUGCCCACGAGUGCUGUCGGAGAUUCUACCUUGAUAGCAAAGUAUCUCACAGAGCGCGGGGUCAUCGACGAUCUGAACGCGAAUCUAGACGCAAGCGUCAAAGCGCAGGAUCUCGCUAUGCGAGCCUUGGUAGAAGAUCGCCUCUACUUCUUCAACAUGCGCGAACGCUGGAUAGACAACUUCUAUAUCCAGCGUGAUCAUGUCCUGACAGCCCUCUCAUACCCACUGCGUGUAGUGGUGGGUCUGAUGAUCCAUCGCACUCACUGCCAAACUUUGCACGGGCAGGGCACCGGACGAUACAGCGCUGACGAGGCGAGACGGUUCCGAGAGGACAUCUGGACGAGCUUGCACGGGCUUUUGGAAGAGAGUAGGAAGAAGGCUCUCGAGAGGUGCGGUGGAGCGGAUGAUGGAUCUUGCUUUUGGUGUCUCGGAGGGGAUGGCCCGACGGAGUGUGACACGAGUGUGUUUGGCUUCGUCUGCUCGGCUUUAAUUGCGAAAAGUUCUCCAGAGUCGAAGGAAUUCGUGCGCAAUCUUCCUGCCGUGCUGGAUUAUGCGACAAGGAUCCACGGCAAGUACCUUCCUGACUAUGAGAAGUGGGAUUGA